AUAAUUUUCCAGUAGUGAAUCCUAAUGGAUACCAAAGAAAUAAUUGUCAAUAUCUUUCAUUAAUUUAAAUUAUUCACUUAUGCAGCUGGCAACGUCAUCUUCAGUACGUGGGAUCCAUUCGUAUGUAACGGUGAAGGUUCAUUGCUUCUAGACAAUACAUACUUUUCGUAAAGCCUAUCCCUCUUAUUGAAGUCGCACCUAAACUACGCUGAUCAUAAGUCUUAAAUAGCAUUUUCUUACCUGUGAGAGCCAAAAUUGACAGUUUCGACAAAUGGUUUUCAAGUGAUGAAUGACGAAAAUCAUCAUAUUUGAAGUAACGACUUCCUCAUCAUAAUCAACCAACCGUUGAACGGUGAACUUUCCAAAAUUAUUGAGCACGCGGAGUCGAAGGGACAAUCCAGCCAAGCCAGUAUUGAUUUUCCCCUCAACCAGCGGCUACACGUGUUUGAUCGAAAUUUAAAAACAAGCCAGUUCCACGCCAUGUGCGCCCAGGUAUAGAACGGGUAGAGGUGCAGUAUAUACAAAAGAGCCCCGGUUUGCCAGUCGUAUGCUUCGCGAGCCGGCUGUCGGCAGUUUCUGGUUCACAUUUUCGAGACUACGCUGUCCGUUGUGCUUUGUUGGGUUUCCCAGAGAUGUCUCAUAAGGUCAAGGUUGCUGAUGAUUGAAAAUUGGCAAAACGUGUGAAAUGCUGGCGAUUGCAGCUGCUUUCGAGAGCAAUUUGAUGCACCACGGAAAACGCAGUGAAAUAUGUUGAUUACAUUAUUGGAGCAUUUGAAACUCAACCAAUCUGCCUUCAAAACAAAACCAUUUGGGUGUGAAUCUGAGAAACUUUGUGAUCAAUUCAUCUGGAACGCGUCAAAUGUGUAGCUGAACAGCUGAUUGCAUGCGUUGCAUAGCACAUCAUUGCAUUGGAUUGCAUUGGAAGAAGACAGGCGUGAAUUAAUGGUGGCGCGUUACUCGCUCAUGGUGAGCCCUACAUUUUGCUGAUACGUAAUCGAAAAGUGCAUCGAAAAGCUCUGCUGCCAUUACGGAAGGGAAAGUUUGGAUGCGACGUCGGUGGCGAAUGCUUCGGUGAUCAUGAAGCGUGAGAACGGAUGGUGCAAGCGGUUUUACAUUUGCGAGCUCAAAUUUAUAGUUUUGGCAAUCUUGAUCGGCUCAAACGAAGCAUCGCAGUUGCUGGACGUGAGACUUGCAAAUGAAAGCGCAGAAGCUACUACCACCGUUGAAAGUAUUCUCACCACCAAAUUGAUUGAGGAAAUUGACGACAAUAAUAUUUUGAUUAGCCCGGUCUCUAGCAAAUCUCCAUUGGUAAUUGUCCCAUAUGACGAAAAUAGCUCUGCGUCACCCUUCAAAGAUGAAGAUAGUACCACUAAUGAUACGAUCGAGCUCACUACUACAACAAGUGCUCCAGAAUCUGAACUCGAUGACCAAUCUAGCCGACCUGAACCGGCUACUCCAGAAGUGGACACAACUACGUGGACAUCAUUGUCGAAUUGUUCCAAUUAUACCGUGAACCAGAAUGUUGUUGAUUUGUCUAUCGGGGCCGGUUUCAGCAACGUGCGACAUAGAGGGCGAAAUCAUCGUCGCCACGGCAGUAAACUACCGGACUCAAGUGCUGAUCAUGACAGUGCGGAAACUGAAUCCCGUAAUGGCACCGUAAUAGACAGCACCGCCUUUUCGCAUGUCGUUUACUCUCUAGACGGCGACUUCUCGGUGUCGUUGAUUACCGACCGCGACGAUUUCGGUGCAAGCCUGUUCACUGUGGAUCGCAUCAACGAGCUUCAAUUGAUUAAUGAUAAUGGCACCCUAGGAUUGAGAGUUAUUGUGGUGCACAAUUUGACCCAUGCACUGCGAUUGCUGGGGGACGAAGUAGAUUAUUUAAAGGAGUGCCAGAAACAAUCUGUUGGUAUCUUUAUCGAUCAUUCCGUGUGGUCGUCGGUGCAAUCAAUUGUUGAUUCUUUGGACUUCAACAUCUAUCCGUUUCCGUCGUCCUAUGAGUUACUAUACACCAAAGCAGCUCACCUUCUCUAUGAACUUCCAUGGUCGAAUCCCAAUUCCUCGAUUGCAGUACGAUCGGAAUCGACCGAAUCUUCCAACAAAUUUACAGCCAUCUGCCGGCAAGAGCGUCUUUGUCUGGAGAAUUUCCCAAGCGAUGAUACAAUUUUCAUUAUCCUAGGACUAACUCGGACGAUAAACUUCGCAAUGAAUGGAACGUUGAUUGUGGUUCUGUCCGGUCAUGAUGUGCUUUUUGUAUCAGAUCUACCGAAUGAAUCGUAUGUUAUUGCUGAAAAUGAAAUAAAUUUGACUUCAAUAGAAGAUAAAGUACCAAUGAAUACGAAUCGGUAUGGAACGAAGAUUCUGGCGAGUGAUGUCCUUUCUUCGGGAUCAGUAUUUUUGGAAUUGGUAGAACUUUUGAACUUACCUACCGGUAACAAUUGUUCAGCAACCAAUGAAGGAAUAUGUACCAAUCUGAACGAAACGUUGGAUAACUGGCAAUACUACGCAAAGUUGCCAUCGCAAAAAAUCAUUUCUAUGCUGCGCUUAGAGAGCAUUACGCAAUCCAUGACGUUCGAAUUACGUCAAAAGUUUAGCUUGAAGAAAAACUAUAGCGAAGAAGUUCUGGAUUUGAAACCGAUAGCCAGCUCAAAUAUGAUAACUAAUGUUACAACGAUCUAUCGUUUGAAUGAGUUCAAGGAAAAUUCUUAUGAGUCCAUGAAGCUAGGCAACAUAUUCUUCUGUAGCAAAGAGUUUGAAAUUCGUCAUCCGGACUACAUCGAUCAUCGGCGCCCCGUCUACCAUGGGCCAGAUUACUUCGAAAUGUACUGGCAAGUCAAACAAGAAGCAUGGGUGGCCGCAGGACUUACCAUUGCCUCGCUAGGGAUUUUGUUUUGCUUGGCUAUUCUGAUUUUCCUCAUCAUUCGUGUCUGCAUGGAUGAUGUAUUGGAGGGAAAUCCAUUCAGCAGCAUACUGCUGCUCAUCAGCUUGAUAUUUCAGUUCGCCUCGUUUCUUCCCUUUAGUCUCGAAUACACAGGCUACAUGCCAGAUCUUCUACACAAGGCUGAUACUAUCUACACGUGGAAUACUUUAUGCACGAUCAAGAUCUUCCUUAUAUCUGUUUGCUACUGCACGACGUUUUCAUUGCUGCUAUGUCGUGCGAUAAUGCUGGCGUCGAUAGGAAGCGAGGGUGGAUUUCUGUCACAUGUAAACGGCUAUUUGCAGAGCGUGAUUUGCGUCUUCAGCACCCUGGUCCAACUGGGGCUAUCCACGCAACUGGUUGUCGUGUUGCACGCAAGCUCACAUAACAUUUCCUGCAAUGAAAUUUAUUACGGGAAUUGGUUUUGGGCAACAAUUGCAUACGAUGGAAUUCUUCUUGCGGCGUUGAUCAUCUUAUCGCCGUAUAUCUUCAGAUCUCAGAGAAACUAUCGGGAAGGUAUGCUUCUUGUGACGGGAUCCAUUCUCUGCUUGGUGAUAUGGACAACGUGGAUACCCCUUUGCUUGUUUGGCUACGAAUGGCGUGAAGCGGCCGUCUCUCUAGGAAUGGUGGCGACAGCUCUUGCCGUAUUGGUCGGAGUUAUGAUCCCGAGAUGUUUCCUGAUGGUUCGCAGCAUCGCCCGAUCAGAUCUCGUUCAAGCGCUUCCGUCCCUCACAUCACUAGCUUUUGCUCAAGCUAACCAAUACAUUUCGGAACAGAGUGUGUAUGAAUGUGUGAACCCAGCAAUGCGUCAACAGCGAUCUACUACGGCGGAAACUUUCAUGGAGCAUGAAAUCGACGAUCCGUACCUACCGCCGAGUGAGAUACCGACGCUGCCGUUGAGAGGUAACCGAAGGAACCACCACCAAUCGGAAAUGAACGGAAAUGGUACUACGCCAGAUUUCUACGGCAUCAGCAAUCCCUACAGCUGUGCGGAUUCGAUUACGUCCGAGCAGUCGCCGAACAAAAUCACUCGAUUUUAGGGCUGUUGGUUUCGGUGUUUGGCUUUGCAAUGCUGUGAAAAGAACAUUCCAAAGAUAUUAGGAUUGUUAAGGAUUUGUGCUACUCGAAUUACUGUACGACCUUUUGAUCUAGUCAACGUAACUUUAUGCCUUAUAUUUAAGUGUAAAAUGAUUUCUCUUUUAUUUAUGACGUACAUGUAAGGAUGAAUGAAAAAUGGAAAAUUGUAGCAAGA